AUGAAUUCCGCCACUAUAUGUGCUCUCCCUGGCUGUUAUGUGCCUGUUUGGAUAGGCAACAAUGGUCAGCCGUCCCAGUAUUGCUCUCGCUCGCAUAUGGCCGCGGCGUCCCACCAACCUCAACGGCCUCAGCGGCCUCGGCUCUGCAAGAAUUGCCAAGCUAAGCCCGUCUACACAGAGCCAGGAAAAGUCCACGACUUUUGUGGUCGCACCUGCGCGAGCGCGUAUGCUCAGAGCGGCAAAGGUGGCCACCAACCGCCCCAUGCGGCUGCCACAACCGGCCCUAGCGCAGGAGUCGACAUGUGUCUUCUCUGCGACCAACGUCCGAGAACCUUCGUGAAUGGGAAACUGAGCGACUUCUGCUCUAUCAAAUGCCGUGACAGUGUCCACCAAGGCACGCCGGCAAUUCUCGAAGUGCCAAAGUCACAGGAUGAAUGGCGAAGCGUCGUUCAGCAGUUUGGGGACCAGUGGAAGAGUAGCCCCAAGCCUCCGGACGUCGUAAAAGUAUACAAGAUAUACUCUCCUCAGAGCCACAUAAAGAAAUUCUUAUCCUACAAAACUGCCGUGGGUAACUCCAGACGACGUUGGCAUGGAACAGCUCGCCAAUGUCGCAUUGGAGAUGAUGCGCAAAACACCGGUUUUUGUACCAACUCAGGAUGCAGGGUCUGCAGUAUCUUGCAGAAUUCGUUCCAAGUGGAAAAGGCAGCGAGAGGGCAGUUCGGCGUAGGAAUAUACACGUCUGCGACCUCUUCCAAGGCAAAUAGCUUUAUCAAUAACGCUGGAGGUUCGAGCUACCGAGCGCUUCUCCUAAACGAGGUCAUCAUGGGCAAAACCUGCAAGCUGCAGAGCGACGAUACGACUCUCAAUCAGCCUCCUGCUGGCUACGACUCUGUUGUCGGCGAGCCUGGAAAGGGCCUUCAACAUGACGAGGCUAUCGUAUAUAAGAACGAAGCCAUUAGGCCUCUCUAUCUCAUCAUCUUCAAGCCCUAAUCGUCGUUUCACAAUGCCUCUCCCAAGUAUCAAGGUGCUCCCCAAACUCUCAUCAUUUGUUUUCGUAGCACGGGUGUGGCGUUGUCUUUGGCAGGCUUCGCGGUAGCACCCAGAUGGUCGUCGCGCACAGCGGUUAUUAUAGCUCAAAUUCAAUUCGUUCU